AAUCUCAAGAAAGAAUGAUCGUAGAUUCUCAAGAAAGUAUAGGUGUAGAAUUUCAAGACAGUAUGGGUGUAGAAUUUCAAGAAAGUAUAGAUGCAGGAUUUUAUGAAAGUGUAAAUAUAGAAUUUCAAGACGGUGUAGAAUUUCAAGGAAGUAUAGGUGUAGAAUUUCAAGGAAGUAUAGGUAUAGAAUUUCAAAAUGGUAUAGGUGUAGAAUUUCAAGAAAGAAUAGGUGUAGAAUUUCAAGAUGAUAUGAGUAUAAAAUCUCAAGAAAGUAUAGGUGUAGAAUUUCAAGACAGUGUGGGUGUAAAAACUCAAGAAA